CCAGAGUGAAUUGUAGAUGGAAUUUUCAACCAGUAGUAAUAUCGCAACGGUCCACAAAGAUAGUUUAGUUAGUGGCUUUCGGUAUCCUCGUCGACUGGGUAGAGAGGAAAACAGUUUGCCUAGUUUUUCCCUGUAGGAGCAGAACUAGCUAAACAAAAAAUUAAGGGACUUGAAGGAAUUGAGAGUAUUCCUAGUAUUCGCGGAGGAAUUGAUGCGUGUUUUCUCUGUAGUUUACCUUUUCUGGGAAUGAAAUUCCGGUAGUGGUUGCCAGGGUGAACCUGUGAAAAAGUUGAAAAUUUCGGGUGAGAGUGUCCAGGCAUGCAUAAACGUACUUAGAAGUUUGGAAAAAGCGGCGAAGGUGGGCUCGCUAGAGUUGCUUUCGGUGGUGUCUUGCGGGAGGUGAAAGAGUGGCAUCCGAGAAAAACAGGAUUUAGUGAUUCGUGUGUUGGUUGUACGGACCCGUGCAAAAAUUAGAAAGUGUACAGUGCUCGCAUCGUUAUUGACAAUAUGCUAGACAGCAGCAACCCCCAGCUCAUCGCCGUAUCCUGGAGACGAGAACUUAAAUAGAUUCUUGGGAUAUCUCGAGAAUUCGUAUAUGGAACCGUACCCGUUACUGGUGGUCACAAGGAAAAUCGAGCAAGGGUACCCUUCAUUUUGGCGCAAACUCCAACAACGAAAGCUUCAGAGCUAUACAAUGCUAAACUGCACUUAGUUAUCCUCCCAAUAUGUGUUUUUUAAUUCUCAAGGUCCGAAUAAAACCUAGAAACAAACACAUUCGGAUCAAUAAGGCCUGAUUUUGAACCUUGAAUGUACCAAACAAUGGAAGAAGCUCUUCCACAAAUGGCACUACUGGCUCUUGCCCUUGCAUUACUCAACUCCUUGCAUGCAACCGCCUCCAGUUCUUCUGCGCCAGAUAUGCUUUACAUCCGCCAUGGCCGCUCAAGAGUGAGGCAUUCCAACGAAAAGGACUAUCUCCGUUGGGGCUUGCAGGCAUUGGACAAUUUAACGCUUCAAUAUGACGUAGUCGAUUCGUUUGACAACGAAAGUUUUGUUUUCCUGGACGGUGACCUAUGGUUUCUUGACAAUGGCACAUUUUAUAACCAAACUGGUAGCACGAAGCCAUUCGAAGUACCGACAUCUACAAGUUUACCCAUUUCACAUGCACGCAAGAAGAUCGCGAAGAAGAAAAUCAUGGAGAACAUUCGGAAAACUGUAGACAAAGGAGUGGAGUAUUUGAAGGCUCAUAGCAAGUUGGAGGUGAACGAUAUCAUACCAUCAAGCAGUCGAACAAAAGUAGGACCUGAUGCCAGUCAUUCCGACAGUUCGUCAACGGAGACUGCAGUUGUUGAUAAUAUAGCUCAGAAAAAUCUACCCCAUUCCGUGCCCGCUCGGUUGAACGUGCCCUACACCCAACAGCUAGCGAACCGCGAGAACGAUCUCGAUGAACCUGAGUUGACCGAUAGAAACGAAACUGCCAUAUCCUUGGAUGGAAUAGGCGAGGAGGCUCGCGAAACUGAAACAAAAAUGCUGGAAAACAAAUUUUCACAAGAACAUCCAGAUGAGUUUGAAGGUGAUGAAGAAACUGUGUUGGAAACGAUUUUCGGGACGACAAAUGAGGAUUUGUCCGAUCUGGAUGAGAUCAGUCGCCAGAACCGGUUGAACUUGCUCAAGGGUCGUGAUGUUGUGACCAAAUUUCUGCAAAUUGUGGAAAGCCAACAUUUACUGGGAGCCAACUGUACAGCAGGAACGGCACUUAAUCUCGGAGAAGGUGUGGUGGAUCAGUACGCUCAGGAUAGGUUCAGAGUUGAAGCAGAGGUGGCUGUAAAUCGGGCGAAUAUGUUAACAAGAAUUUUCAAACAAGCUUCCCCCUCAGUCCAAGCAUCUGAACAUCUCCUGCACGCGUCAGUGCUUUCAAUGGUGGAAUUCGAUGACGACAUAUUUGCUGCCGGGAAUUGUUUUGAUUGGAACCAGCACCCCUCGAAAUCAGGACUUUUUUGUCCUUUUGCGUAUCGACUUCCACCCCCAGACCAAGGGGCUGCCUUCGCUAAAGAUUUAGCGGCUGAGUAUCACUACCUGGGCAACACGUCGGAGUGGUUCUUUCUGGCAAGGAAAAACGCAGAGAAAGUCAUCGAUAGGAAUGAUCAAUAUACAAAAGCAUAUCACUAUUACUCAAACAGUACAGCACGAGAAGCGGAUAUAAUCCUGACAGUGAAAUAUGAAGACGGCCGUUGGUCCAAGCCUUACUAUGACUGUGGAGGCGGCAACAUCUGGAUGCUGACAUAUACAGUACCAUUUUUCGGUUUCGCUAAUGGGACUUACUUCUUCAAGGGAACUUCUGGAAUUGAUAUUGAUUUGCGACGUGUUGACAUCGACCAAUGUCCACAAAAGCACAUUCCUGGCGUGAUUCAACCGCUGAACAUUUUCGCUGGAACGGACAAAUGCAAACAACGUACAACUAUGUGUGAACCGAUAGCUGGCCUCGGAUUCCGACGAGGAUCUUACAAGUGUGUAUGUCGGAAAGGUUUCUACUUCCCAGACGUGGUUACAAUGCAGAAGUACUUCAAUGGAAGCAUUCUGGAGGAGGAGUAUGAAAAGUUAAUGCUGGGCGAAGUUUCCACCUACAACAAACCAAUGAGCUAUGAGUGUCUGCCCUGUGCUGAGGGGUGCGACUACUGUGAGGAUUCUUCACCAUGCGUUGCAGCUCUGAAUUGGCCCAUGCGAACCAGCAUCUUAGUGUUGGCCUGCGCUAUUAUUGGACUGUUACCACCAGCUGCAUGGUUCACAUUUCGUUAUCAGCAAAUAAAGGUCGUCAGAGCAGCGAGUCCUGCACUCCUUCGGGUCAUCGCCUUGGGUGCCUUCUUCAUAUACUGCACGACUAUCGUCAUGUACCCACCUCCGUCGCUUUACACCUGUACAGCGCGAAUAUGGUUGCGUGAAAUCGGAUUCUCUCUCACAUAUGGUGCUUUAAUGUUAAAAACCUGGAGGAUAUCAGUAAUAUUCAGAGUUCGCUCGGCUAAGGCGGUUAAAAUCACGGAUGCUGCGCUGCUGAAGAGGCUUGGGAUGAUUUGUGGAGUUAUCAGCGUUUGCUUGUUGAUACGAACGGUAGUGUCACCACCAGAAGUUGUUGUAGGACGAACGGCAGAUGACUUGAAAGCCUUCCUGUGUAAAACGGAUUGGUGGGACUAUACCUUUACAUCCAUGGAAGUCCUGUUCCUCGCGUGGGGCGUACGGCUGUGCAUUAUGGUAAGGAAAGCGCCCUCGGAAUUCAACGAAAGCCGUUUUAUCUCGAUGGCCAUCUACAACGAGUUCCUGCUCACAUGUUUCCUAAAUGUCUCGAUGUUGUUUUUACAAUCGCCGGCAAAUCCAGAUUUGUUGUACAUUAUAUUCUUCUGCCACACACAAUUAACUGUAACACUUCUUUUAGGAUUAAUAUUUGGUAGCAAGGUAUGGAGUGUGCUAAGUGUUUAUAUUGUAUUGCGUAGUGGAAAGUCUCAGGAAAAUACAAUUGGAUUGGGAGCAAAAGCAUCUGGGGCCAAGUUUAAUUUUCGUCCGCAAGUAAGGACAUUUGCUAAUCCAAGUACAGCUACAUCGUCAACGGCGCAAUUGGCAGCAGACGUACGCUUAACCGACCAGGAAGCGCUAGAAGAGAUACGCCAACUCAGUGUACAGCUUCAACGAAUUCAAGAGCUCGCGCCACCACGAGGCCUAGCUGCCAUGACCGUAUGUAGUCUAUUAGAUAGUUUAAAGACAACAACUCAACCAAUGACUUUGAGUGCACCAUCCACCAACUCUAUGAUGUUGCCAGUCUUCAGUAGUAUCGAAUAUCAAAAGGAGUGCCGAGUUUUGGGAAGGACCUUUGACAAAUCUGUGAAUACCCAACUUACGGGAGAAGAUAUCGUCAACAUGCAAAUUGCCAGCACAUGUAAUCAAACCCGAAACUGCCAAGAGCAAGGACAAGAGCCAGAUAACGAGGAUCCCAGUUCUUCCCUUCAAGUGGAGCACGAGCCAUGCGAUCUGAGUUUCUCCGAACUGUAUUUGGAGUGUAUGUGUUCAAAAUCCGACGACUUUGACUACCGCUCGAGCAACGUCAACCAUUCCCAAAUUAGCCCAGAUCGGGGAAAGUGCUCACCUGUGUCCUGCACCCAUAGCAAACCGGAGCCUACGACCAAAGGAUCACAAAAGGCAUUUCACAAAAAUCGUAGUUUAGAUUUGUUGAAUGUAAGUAGAUUAAGUCCAGAGCAAAGUGACAGCAAAUGUAAGGAUCAUGUUCUCAUAUGUGAUAAUUGUAAUAAAUCUCUUGUAAAUACUCCACCGAAAGACAUCGAGUUAAACUUAGGUAGGCAAAAAACGAAAACAAUACAUCAAACCAAAUCGGAGAACACAAUCCUGUGCACCGCAAAAACGGACGAUAAUAAAAGUUGCGGGGCCCGGGACAGCAAUAAGGAGGAAUCAAAUCAGGAGAAGGAGUCCGUUUCCGAUGAUGGCGGGGUGGUUUCAAAAAGUAACCCAGCUGUAGGAGGCGACCCAAAGGCGGCCCGGAAAGGUAAAGCCGAAAAGUUGGUUCUUGACCUUAACGAUCGUAGUAAAUACACGAAGGAAGUUUCAGUGUAAGAAAAAGUUGUAUUCGCUUGUUUUUGUUGGGUUUGAAAAAUGUAUCGCUUGUUCUGUCGUUUUAUUUUUGAGUGAAUAGAAUCCGUCUGGGAUCGGCUCAUUAUUGCUUGCCUUAACAGUAAGUUGUUUUAAUGUUUAAGAGUAUUUAUCAAAGAAAAGAGAAAGAAGUUUCCAGUUUCCAUUUUUGGGGCGCUACCCCCAUGCUUACUCUCUGAUAUUUGAAAAUCCAUCCAAAUCAUACAAAAUGGCAGAUUUUAUUUAUUUAUUUCUACAAAUGAAUCUAUUUUGAAGCAAUAAAUCUUCUAGUAAGGCAUAAGAAAGCGCUUUUACUCUAAAAUUUUGGUUCCAGGACAAAUAAGUUCGAGUAAACCAUUCCACCCAGUGAAAUCUUUAUUUUGUUACGCUUUUGAUGUCCUUCCAAGUAGAUAUCUACAUAUCUGAAACCCUGCGACCCUCCCCUAUCUGUGUCUGAUAUAGAAGUCUAAAUCUGAACACUACAGAGAACUUUAUGUAAGUUUAUGUCAUUGUCCUUGACAUUUUUUCUUAUUAAGGAUAUAAAAGAUAUAUAUAUACAUUUUCUGUAAAAAAGAAGCAAAAGUGAAACAAAUAACUAAAAUAUUUUGUAAAAAUGAAGUUGAAUAAAAGCAAAGCAAAUACCAAACUGUCUAAGUAUUAAAUUUUUAAAAUGAAUUAUGUAUUAAUGAGAAUCAAAGCAAGGUUGCGUUACAAUAUAAGAAAAACUAUUUGUUGAUAAAUAAAAGAAUUGUCUUUCUUGAGUGAAUAUUAUUUUACAAAGACACCAGACGAUGAAAUAAUAUAACAAAUAAAAAUUAUUUUUA